AUGACGCCAUCUUUCCUUUUCUGGCAGUUAGAUGCUCAUCCAUAUUCUAUACAGUAUCUUCAUUCGACGCUGCUUUCAUUUUUGUUUCUCCUAUUUUCACUGGUGUUUUUUUUUCUUUUUUCUUUUUUUUAUCGCUCCUCUCUCUUUUUCUCCCCCCUCUCUCUCUCUCUAUCUCUCUCUCUCUCUCUCUUUUUACUCUGUACUCUUACUAUUUCUUUUUUGCUCACUUUCCACCAUUUUCUCUUUUCUUGGUCUUUUCUGUUUACUUCGUCUUUUCUGUCUCUUCAGUUUUUUUUUUUUUUUUAUCUAUUUUUAUCAUUUCGUUUAUAUUCUUCUUUUUCUUUCUUUUCUGGUUCUUUUCUCUUGACGUAUUCUGUCUCUUCUGCCUAUCCUUCCAUUUCUUUUCGAUCCUUUCUGUCGCUUAUAUCUCCUCUAUUUUGUCUAUUAUUCAUUUUUCUAUCUCUCCUAAUUGUUUUCUUCUCUUCCGUCUGUUAUUGUUAUCAUUCUAAUAUGUUUCUCCUCCUCCUCCUCCUUCUUCUUCUUCUUCUUCUUCUUCUUCUUCUACUACUACUACUACUACUACUUCGUAUACUACUUAUUUCUUCUCUUAUUUUUUUCUGUAAAUUUUCUUUCUUUUCUAUCUAUUAUGUCUCUUUAUUUCUCUUCUGUCUGUUCUUCAUGUUUUCCAUUGUUCUUUUUUAUUUUCUGUCACUUCUGUUUAUUCACAUUAUUUCCCCUCUUCUUUCUUAUAACUUUUUUUCUUCUUCUUCACUGCCUCUUCUGACUACUGUCCUUCUUUUCUAUCUUUUCUUUCUGUUAUGUCUCUUCUUCUUCUUUCCUAACUCUCUUUCUUUAUCUUUUCUCUUUUUUCUUAUUUAUCUUUUCUUACUCUUCUCUUUCUUUUUCUGUCUCUAUAUGUCUCUUCUGUUACUUUUAUAUCGCUUCUUCAUUUCUAACUUUUCUUCGUUUCUUGAUUGUGUCUCCAUCCACUUUUCUUCUUCUUCUUCUUCUUCUUCUUCUUCUUCUUCUUCUUCUUCUUCUUCUUCUUCGUCUCAUCUUUUUACCUCUCUUCUUCCUCUCUUCUUCUUCUUCUUCAGCUCUACUUCGACGCCUUUUUCAUUCUUCUUAGGACUGUUAAUUUUUUCUUUUUAUUUUCUUUUCCUUAUUAUUAAUAAGUUAUUUUCCCGUGCUUAUUUUUCCUCCACACUCCAUCUUGUCCUUCAUCACCUCUGUCUAUUCGUCUGUCAUCAGAAACCUACUCCCCGACCCACAUUAGUCUCUGUACCCCCACCCCCACAACUAGACUUGUUAGGCCAGACUUCCUAUUACCUUCCCUUGCUCCAUCUUUUCCCUUGUAACCCUUUUUGGCUCAAGCGCUUCAUCCGUGUCACUCCUCCGCAAGUUUACUUUCAUUUUUCUUGUUAUGUUGUUAUAUGUUUCCAUCAGGCCAUAACUUAUAAAAGCUUAUUUCUUUAUUCUAUCUUUUUUUUUUCAGAUGCAUUUUGCCUGCAUGUCUUCGUUUUUUUUUUAUUAUCGUAUCGCUUGUUUUUACAUUUCUCUUUUAUUUCCUGUCUGUACAACUCAGUUCAUGUUUUUCUUCAUAAUUCAACCAUUCUCUCACCAUGGCUCUGUUCUUCCCUUUGUUCCGAUAUAUUUAUCUUAAAGCUGUCUUUAUAUAUUCACCUAUUCCUCUACCUCUUUCACUACUCAUCUCUCUUUCACUACUUCUUUCUCUCUCUCUCUCUCUCUCUCUCUCUCUCUCUCUCUCUCUCUCGUAUACUAACCUUCUUCUUUUCUAUCACUCUAGCUAAUUUGGUCACAUCUUUCUUAAGAUGGAUAGCUGAAGAUAUUAACUUUUCUAGUGAUCUCAGACCGUCCAUGUUCUUUCAUUUCUUGGCUGACACAACAUAUCCAUUUGAACUUUACCUUAUACGUUUUACUCGGCGUUAA